UCAGUGCAGUGCUAUUCAAGUUUUAACACCUGGCCUACUCCAAAGAGCCGUUGGUUUCGAUUGCCUUACACAACGACCUUGGCCUUUGAACUCUCUGUUCUCCCGUGGAUCACACAUUCACUUCAAAAGCUCGAGGCACGACAGAACUCUUCAAGAAAGACACAGGGUUGUUAUAAGUAUUCUCACUCCAGCAGACAGCAUCUCACCUGAGGUAUUCACAACGGGAAAAGGAGCUCUACCCUAUAUAUCUGUCUCUCACAACAAGAGCUUCACUGGCUUCAAUUUUACAGGAAAAUAAUACACUUAAAAUAACCUGGAAUUAUGGAAGGACUCACUCUGGCUUUCUUCUUGGCGCUUCUGGUGGACUCGAUCUGUGUGGUUGGAGCAGAGAAUUUCCCAGGAAACCGUGAUGCUUUCUUCCACGGGAUUCGUAGGUUUCCCCCGCCAAGCGGAGGUCACAGGCACCCUGUUCGUCACUCGAACAGGUUCCCACUCUACAUGAUGCAGCUCUACCGGACUCUACUCGAGGGAGACACCGCCAGGACGCCAACUGUUAGCGCCGCCCGGACCAACAACGAUGACAACCCCCGCCUUCACGACUCUGACUACGUACUCAGUCUGGUUGCCAAAAGUUGUCACCAAAUCGGUGGGAGGUGGUCUGUCACCUUUGACAUGUCCUCCAUCUCUGCAAGUGACAAGGUCCAGCGCUCCGAGCUGCGGAUCCGCCUGCCUGCAUUCUCUGCCUCUAAGCGUGUCACUGUGGACAUGUACCACUCCCAGAGAUGCUCCUACUCCAGCCCGCCAUGCCCAAAGGAGAGCCUCUUCCUGGGCCACCUGAAGGCAGAGCCAAGCUCUCUGACCUCCUCCACAUCCAACUGGAGGGUGUUCAACGUCACCGCCCUGCUCCACUACUACUGGCUGCACCAGAGAGGCUCUGCACCUGGCCAGGAAGUGCGCAGGCCAGUGGAGAGAGAGGAGGAGGAGGGACAAGAGAGGGUCCUGCACCCCACAGCCGACCGGGUCAUGGUGGUGGUCUUCUCCAAGCACCAGGCAGAGAAGCGGGCUCCCACCCUCAUUCACACCGCUGAGCACUCCAAGUACGUCACUCUGGACUGGGAGCGAGCUAGAGCUGGGGCCGACCCUGCUGCCAGCGUAGAGGUAGAGGGCGGGAAAGGAACCAGUCGCAGGAAAAGGCAUGGGUACCACCAGAGAGCAGGAGUGGCUGGGGUGGCCCCUGGUGUGGCCCCCAUGGAGGAGAGGAAGGACCCGUUGUGCAGGAAGGUGGACAUGUGGGUGGACUUUGACCAGAUUGGCUGGAACGAGUGGAUUGUUUACCCCAAGCGCUACAAUGCCUACCGCUGUGAGGGCAGCUGCCCUACCCCAGUGGACGAGACCUUCACCCCCACCAACCAUGCUUACAUGCAGAGUCUGCUGAAACUUCACCACCCAGACAGGGUCCCAUGCCCGUUCUGUGUGCCCACCCGCCUGGCCCCUCUCUCCAUGCUGUACUACGAGAACAGUGAGGUGGAGACGCGGCACUUCGAGGGUAUGGUGGUGGAGGAGUGUGGUUGCCACUGAUCAGCCUGUGUGCCAACAUGGACACUAUAUCCAUCCCAGGUAAACACCACUCUGUCCCAGCUUCUGCUCUCAAUGUGCAGGCCUCAGGAAGAAAGUUGAGGUGCAAAGGUGUGGGCUUACACUGUGAGUGUAGUCUCAAUGCUCAAGGCUUUUCUACAAGGACAGCUGCUGCUUUCAGCCAGUACACUAUGGUUAUACCAGACACUGAAGCAGACUGAACACAAGCACUGAAAAAGAUCACGAGAAUCGUCAAAAAAGGAUGAAGAGAAUCACUUAUAAUGUAUAAGGACUAAUGAUUAAGGCAAGGACAACGCAGACCCCUUAAGUGCUUUAAUUCCUCUGUAUGACCCAGUGUUGAUACAGUAUUAUUUUAAAAUGUAAAUAUUAGAGUAAUGAGUAAUGUAUUUUUUUAAAGGACUCGAAGUAUGUUUGUUUAAUAAAUCCUCAAUUAAUUGCA